AUGCAGCAGAUCAACCCCGACAAUCUCGAGCCCAUCGAGCUCUUUACUUAUGAGGCCAGUAAAUCUCUCCUCAAAAAAGGCGAAACCAAAAUCAUCGCCAACAUUACCGACGCGCCGCCAGCAUACAUUCAUUCGCUGUUUCACACUGAGAAACACAUUAUCUUGGUUGUCUGGCAAGCAGACUUUGUCAAGCGAGCUACAAACAUUGUUGAAUCUAUUCGCGCGUGGGACCCAGACAGGAAGACCCUUUUCUAUGUUAUUGACCCAGCAAAGGGCGGCGUGGUGGCUAAAUACGAAUCAGAAGAUGCCUUCUUCGCAUUCCACGAGAUCAACUCAUUUGAGAAUGAAGAUGGUAACAUCUUUGUCGAUCUACCUACAAUAAAAGACCAUUCCUUCCUACAAGCUGCCAAGAUCGAAAACCUGCGAGCCAAUCUCAUGCACAAGGCCAAGGGGUCUUCCAAGAACAAUAUCGCCGGCCAAUUCACUCGCUACCGUUUGCCUUACCACAGCGAUAAAGGCAAGAAGACUUAUGUUGCUGAGCUUGAUUUUCCUUGGACAAUGCAUGCCGUUAAGCCUGGACACUUUAGCGACUCCAUUAUCAAGAUCGACACUGAGACCAAGAAGACCAUGGUCGCUUUCAUUAUCACGGCCUGA